GCUGACGGCAAUGCCUCGAACUCCCACAUUUUCAAACAAGACAUAAAAACUAUUUUGCUUCGCCGCUGGCUGGAGUUUUCCUCUACAUACCCAGCAUCACUCUUCCUCGUUUCGAAGAACCGUAUGGCAUCGAAAGAAGAAGCGCUAGCCGCCUUUGCAAGCGAGAAACUCGUCUCAUCGCAUUCUUUCAACUUCAUCGAAGGAUGGAUUGGUUCCGAUCACCAGUUGCACACUCGAAAAGGCGAGGUGGCGUUCGAUGAUCUCCCUGACUUCCUCAACGGCAGCAAAAUUACCGAGAAGCCACAAGAGCCAGGGAAUUCUCACCGUUUUCGCGUCCUCUCCUUUCCGCGUCUGGAGAAUGGCCGCCUAAAGAUUGCAUUUCCAAGAGAGACAUACCAGCAGAUUAAGCGCAGCUGGCGCCUGCACGACUUCACCCUGGAAGCCUUCCUCAACAACAAUGGCAUCCUAUGCAGCUUCAACACUAAGGAAACCAAAAGCAUUCUCAUGAAGGUCACGGCCUCGCGAUCUGUAGGGUUUGAUACUGUCUCUAUCGUACAUCACCGCCCGCAAAACGUCACGUACGUGCUGUACCACAGCCUUGAAGACGAGGCGGGUAUCUUCAACUCCCUGCUCGCGCAUCCGGAGCGCUGCCUCCAGCCGGCUUUCUUCGCUGCGGUUCUUUACCGAUGCCAUCAACAGCGCGUGGAGCGCUUCCGCAAUAAGCUCGAUGACGAGAUUGUUGCCAUAGAGCGUGGCACCAAGCUCGGUGGACCUGGAAGACUAUUCGGCCAUCGCUACAAGCACGAGGAGCCGACUGUGAAGGUCGAUUGCGACAGCACCACACAGAAACUGAGCUAUGUGCAGACGGAGCUUGCAGUCGGCAGCCACACCGCGCGAUCAAGCCUCAAAUGUGGAGAGUGGCUUGUCAAACUUGCAGAGGAUGAUCAUGCUGAAUGGAAGAAAGCUGCGGGGACGCUUGAGGCAGGCAAAACCGAGCUGGAGAUAUUAUCGGCGGACAAUACAAGGAAGACUCUCGACGAAGCAGAAUACGUGCGACGGCGUGCGGAAACCGUCCAGUCUCAGCUCGAAGCGGUAGGCGACCGCGUCCGAAGCCAAACAGCCUUCCUCCUCAACACAGCCGCUCAAACGCAAUCCGACUACUCCGCCACCAUCGCCCUCGAAACGCGCCGCGAUAGUUCAGCUAUGAAGACCAUCGCCAUCAUGACCAUUCUCUUCCUGCCCGGCACCUUUGUCGCUACCUUGUUCGGCAUGGAUAUGUUUAGUUGGGGGAGUGAGGAAGGCGUUGGGGACCCUAAGGUGAGCAGGUUCUUCUGGGUAUAUUGGAUUAUUAGUGUGCCGUUGACGUUGUUCGUUGUGGUUACUUGGUUGCUGUGGACUAGGAGGGAUUUGGGGCGGUGGGGGAGGGUGAAGAGUUGGAAGGACCUGGAAUAGGGAUAGGAGACCUUUGGGAAGGUUACGGAGGAACCCGUGACCGAGAUAUGAGGAGGGUCUGGAGUAUAUCAAGAUAGCCCUUACGAUAACAUGAAUAUCCCGUU